ACUUCAUGAACAUCAACAACGCUUUUCUGAACACUAUAAACAACAGAAUAUUACUACAGUCAUUGUAAGAGUGAACACAGCUGAUCUUUACUCGCAGUGAUGUCAUCCUCCAGUGAUCCAAUGACUGAGAGGCUUCUGUGUUGUGUCUGUAUGGACAUAUUAAAUGAUCCAGUCAGCACUCCAUGUGGACACAACUUCUGUAAAACAUGCCUGAAUUUAUGUUGGGACAACAGUCAAGACUGCAGAUGUCCAAACUGUAAUGAAACAUUCAAGCAGAGACCUGAUCUCAAGAUUAAUACAACACUCAGAGACAUCUGUCUGGAAGUGUUCAGUGAUCCAGUCAGCACUCCAUGUGGACACAACUUCUGUAAGAUCUGUCUCAGUACAUACUGGAACAACAGUCAAGACUGCAGAUGUCCAAACUGUAAAGAAACAUUCAAGCAGAGACCUGAUCUCAAGAUUAAUACAACACUCAGAGACGUUGUGGAUGAACAUAAGAAGAAAUGUCAUGAAGAACAAGCUGAAGUUGUGUGUGACAUCUGUAGUGAAGGAAAGCUGAAGGCUGUGAAGUCGUGUCUGGUGUGUCAGAGCUCUUACUGUGAAACUCACCUGGAGCCUCAUUUGAGAGUGUCAGGAUUACAGAAACACAAACUGAUGGAUCCUGUGAAGAAUCUGCAGGAUUAUAUAUGUCAGAAACAUGACAGACCUCUGGAGCUCUUCUGUAGAGAUGAUCACACAUGUGUGUGUCUGUCCUGCGCUGAUGGAGAUCACAAGAACCACAACACUGUUCCUUUAAGAGAGGAAAAACAUCAGAAACACUUGAGUCGUCUGCAGAAGUCUUCAUCUGACGGUUCUUUUAAGUUCUGGUUCCUGGUUGUGGGACUUGUCCUGUGUUUGUUGUCUGCUUGUUUAAUUCAGGUUUACAAAGACAUACAACGCCGUGAAGCUGAAACAUUAGAAAGACUUGAGUCAUCAAAAACGGAAAUCACUGAACUGAAUAUGAGAAACAGUGAGCUGGACUUAGACAUGCAACGCUGUGAAGCUGUGUUGAAGUGGAUGCAGCAGUAUGCAGUGGAUGUGACUCUGGAUCCUGAUACGGCAAAUCCAUAUCUCAUUCUGUCUGAUGAUGAGAAACAAGUGAGAGAUGGAGGCAUCAUGAUCUUGGAUCGCAUAGAAAUGAUCUAUGAUCUCCCAGACAACCCAAAGCGGUUUGACAGCUUUCAAAAUGUCCUGGGAAAGGAGGGAUUCUCAUCAGGGAGAUUUUAUUAUGAGGUUCAGGUGAAGGGAAAGACUCAAUGGAUUUUAGGAGUGGCCAGAGAAUCUGUUGACAGGAAGGAAUUAAUAAUACCGACACCAGUGAAUGGAUUCUGGACUGUGAUUCUGAGGAAUGAAUAUGACGCUCUCGCAGGUCCCUCUGUCUCUCUGUCUCUGAGUGUAAAGCCACAGAAGGUGGGUGUGUUUGUGGAUUAUGAGGAGGGUUUGGUCUCAUUUUAUGAGGUGGAGUCCAGAUCUCAUAUCUACUCUUACACUGAUCAAUCCUUCACUGAGAAACUCUAUCCAUAUUUUUGUCCUGGUCUGAAUGAUAAAGGUAAAAACUCAGAACCGUUGAUCAUCACACCUGUCAAUUAUGAUCAAUAGAUAUAAAGUGUCAAAAUAUAUGAGUGUUUACGAUAAAGUGUUUUCAUUUAAUUAAAGAAUAAAUGUACAGAAAUGUUUUGUUGUACACCCAUUACAAAGUUUCUUCACAUCAUGUUAACUCUAGGUUGAACUAAUCAUUUUAGUGAUCAGAAAUGUGAAGAGAUGUGUUUUAUCGCACUCUGUUACUGGUGUUUGGUAAGGCAAUCAAAACGAUCACUAUUUGGUACUUAUUGUGACUCAUUGGGUCCUCUUAAGUGUGAACUUUGCAGUUAGUUCUUCCUUUAGUGAACUUGUUUUGUCCAAUAAUUUGAUAAUUUUUUUGUCCAAUAAUAUGUCAGAAAUAUGCAAAUAAAUCAACAAACCACAUGAGGACAAACCAAUAAUUAAUUUUCAGCUUGGAGUUUUUUAUGUUUUAAAAACUCCUUUGCACCUGAUGUGUUAAUGUUAACACAUCAGGUGUUUUGUGUCAUUUAUUUAACACAUUAUGUGUUCAGUUAAGGACAGCACAUUAGUUACUCACUCUCACGUCAUUCCAAACAUGUACCGUGUGACUUUCUUCUGCAAGAAAUAUCUUGAUCAAAAGAAGAUAUUUUGAAGAACAUUGGUAACUAAACAACACUGAACCCUAUUGACCCCAUCAAAUGAACACAAAACCACGGAGACAUUUCUCAAAAUAUCUUCUUUUGUGUUGCACAGAAGAAACAGUCAUACAGGUUUUGAACGACGUGAGGGUGAAGAUUUUUCUGUUUAUGAUUUUCUACUUACAAACUGUGUUUCUCCUUGCUUGUGAACUAUUAAACAUUUUAU